CCAAAAUUGCCCAUAUAUCUCUGUAGUCUGUACUCGAGAACUGUUGCCCUCGCUCACACCAGCGAAGAACCCGCCAAUCAGCCAACCGGUUCGCCUGAACCCGGUUGUCGGAAACCCCUACAACCCUCAUCCCUCCAUGGCCUCGACCUCUCGCACUCAUGGCGUCAUGGGCCGGAUCCGAACCGCCACCGUCAAUCUCCACGAGGACAACCAGUCUCUUAUCUCCGAUAUUGGGAAAGCUUUCAGUUUGAUGAAGGAAAUUGCAGUCGAUUUCGAGAGGGCUAAGCAAUUUGAGAAGGUGAAGGAGCUCGAAAAUGCCGUUGUUGAAUUGGUGGCUACUUAUGAAGACUGUUCGCAUUUUUCGUCAGCAAUUGAAUCUGUUGGACAUAAAUACCAACCUGGGCCUGAGCUUACUGAUUUCGAUAAGUUGUUCAAGAAUGAGGUUGCACAGCUGAAGGCAUACUCAUCUUCAGUUCCCCAAAACCAUCCUUUGAUACGUCAAUUCCGGGAAGCUGUCUGGAAAGUCCAUCACGCAGGAGAACCUAUGCCAGGUGAAGAGCAGGAGGACAUUGUAAUGACGAGCAACCAAAGCAGUAUUUUGAAUGUCACUUGUCCAUUAAGUGGAAAGCCUGUCACUGAACUGGAGCAUCCAGUUCGCAGUGUCAUAUGCAAGCAUGUUUACGACAAAGGGCAUAUCAUGCAUUACUUACGGGAAAACAACACACGAUGCCCUGUUGCAGCUUGCCCUGCGAAAUUGAAGUCAGAUAAAGUGAAGGAUGAUCCACUGUUAGCCGCUGAUAUUGAUGAAUUGCGUAAAUCGCAGAAUCAGAAUGUCAUGACUGAUGUGAUGGACGUCACUGAGUUUGAAGAGUGAUUGGAUGAUUUCGGGCUGUGAAAAGUUUCUAAAAUGACAUUACAGCUAUUUGGACAUCUUUUAGGUCGUUGUGAAGUAGUCGGGUAUUCUGUAGAAUGGUUUUGUAUAGAGUGACCUGGUUUUAUGAUAUUGCAUAUGUAGUUGAAAGCACUUCCAGUUCCUUCUCUCUGUUGAAUUCUUUUAGACUGCAUUUGGACAAGUGCAUUAACAUGAGGCAUUCAGUUGGAUUGCCUAAUUCAAAUUGUUUACUUGGUUAAAUCUCAUUAUUCUGUAUUUGAA